AUGGACAGCGGGAUGUUUUCCGUCCAGGCUGCUCUGAACCGCAGCUUGAACCAGAGCGAUGAGCGCGCGCCGGGGGACUCCAAGCUCUCCCCCGCGGGCUUCGUGGUGCUCUCCGUGGCGCUGGGCUUCAUCAUGACCUUCGGCUUCCUGAACAACUUCGUCGUCCUGCUGCUGUUCUGCAAGUUCAAGAAGCUGCGGACUCCGGUGAACAUGCUGCUGCUGAACAUCAGCAUCAGCGACAUGUUGGUGUGUCUGUUCGGAACCACGCUCAGCUUCGCCUCCAGCAUCCGCGGGAGGUGGCUGCUGGGCCGCGGGGGCUGCAGCUGGUACGGCUUCAUCAACUCCUGCUUCGGUAUAGUUUCCCUGAUCUCCUUGGUGAUCCUCUCCUACGAUCGCUACAGCACUCUGACUGUUUACAACAAGCAUGGGUCAGGAUACCGUAAGCCUCUGCUGGCUGUUGGGGGGUCUUGGCUCUACUCCUUGUUCUGGACAGUGCCCCCGCUGCUGGGCUGGAGCAGCUACGGCCUAGAGGGGGCAGGAACAAGCUGCUCUGUCUCCUGGACGGCCAAGAGCACUCAGUCGCACGCCUACAUAAUCUGCCUCUUCAUUUUCUGCUUGGGUCUGCCUGUCCUGGUCAUGAUCUACUGCUACAGUCGAUUGCUCUGGGCAGUCAAACAGGAAGAUGAGCGAGACUCCCAAAAAGUAGGGAAGGUCCGAAAGAGCGCAGCCAGGAAGAGAGAGUUCCACAUCCUGUUUAUGAUUCUGACCACCGCAGCCUGCUACCUGCUCUGCUGGAUGCCUUACGGUGUUGUAGCCAUGAUGGCAACAUUUGGCCCCCCCAACAUUAUUAGUCCUGUGGCCAGCGUGGUCCCCUCUCUUUUGGCCAAAAGCAGCACCGUCAUCAACCCUCUUAUCUACAUACUUAUGAAUAAACAGAGGGCCGUGUACCAGCGUAUCACGUAG